CCUUAUAUUGGACCGAUGGCACCCAAAAUGAGUGGCGUACUAAGGUAUGUGUUCCUUAUUUACAAACAACACGGAAAACAAGUGUUCGAUGAAGCCAAAAUGACCAACACCGAUGUUACUGGGCAUGAGAAGUUCUCUUCCAUGGACUUUGCUGGGAAAUACAAUAUGGAGCUGGUGGCUGGCAAUUUGUUUCAGGCGCGCUGGGAUGAACUUGUGCCCAGUUUGCAUAAGCAAUUUGGUAUAAGUUUAUAAAUAGUGAAAAGUCAUCUAAAAGAAUUAAUGAAUGAUUGUAGGUGGAAGUUGAAACAGUAUUAUAGCAAGUGAGGAGGUAUAUUGAUAUAUUAAAGUAUAUUUUAGUUAGGUUUUGGUCAAUUUUGAAGCUGUUAACUGAUUUUAGUUAGUGUU